CAGUCUCUCCCUGACCUCUCCACUAAACCAACCUCCACCUCAGUCUUAGACAGACAUGUCUAGCCUCCAGGUGCUGUGCUCUGGCCUGCCCCUGUGGCCCCUCCCGGAGAACCAGGGCCGCUGGGCUGGGGUACCCCAUGCCCCUGUCAGGACCCCUGGCCUCAGCCCUGCAGAGGAGCAGCUAGCACUGAGGAAUGCCCUGCGCUACUUCCCCCCGGAUGUGCAGGAGCUACUGGCUCCUGAGUUUGCCCAGGAGCUGCGGCUGUAUGGACACAUCUAUAUGUACCGGUUCUGCCCCCGAAUUGAAAUGAGGGCCUACCCAAUGAAGCAGUACCCUUGCCGGACAAAAGCCGCAGCAGCCAUCAUGCACAUGAUUAUGAACAACCUGGAUCCUGCCGUGGCCCAGUUUCCCCAGGAGCUUGUGACCUACGGCGGAAAUGGACAAGUGUUCAGCAACUGGGCUCAGUUCUGGCUGACAAUGUCCUACUUGUCACAGAUGACAGAGGAGCAGACACUGGUCAUGUACAGUGGACACCCCCUGGGCCUCUUCCCAAGCUGCCCCGAAGCCCCGAGGCUGGUCAUUCCCAACUAUUCUUCUAGAACCGAGUAUGAGAAGCUCUUUGCCAUGGGGGUUACAAUGUAUGGCCAGAUGACAGCAGGCAGUUAUUGCUACAUCGGUCCCCAGGGAAUCGUCCAUGGCACAGUGCUCACCUUGUUGAAUGCUGGUCGUCGGUACCUGGGCGCCAAUGACCUGGCUGGGAAAGUCUUUGUCACCUCUGGACUGGGUGGAAUGAGUGGGGCUCAGGCCAAAGCCUCAGUCAUCGUGGGAUGCAUUGGUGUUAUAGCAGAGGUGGAUAAAGCGGCCCUUGUGAAACGCCACCAGCAAGGUUGGCUGAUGGAAAUGACUGACAGCUUGGACCACUGCAUUGAAAGACUCAGGAAAGCGAAGGAAAAAAAGGAGGUGCUCAGUCUUGGUUAUCAUGGCAAUGUGGUGGAUCUUUGGGAGCGCCUGGUCCAUGAACUGGACAUGACAGGGGAGCUCUUGGUGGACCUGGGGUCGGACCAGACAUCCUGCCACAACCCAUUCAAUGGUGGCUAUUAUCCUGUGCAGCUUGGCUUUGCAGAGGCACAGAGCCUCAUGGCCUCUGAUCCUGCCACAUUCAAGGGCCUGGUCCAAGAAAGCCUGAGGAGGCAAGUCUCAGCCAUCAACCGACUAGCCAAGGAGAACUUCUUCUUCUGGGACUAUGGCAAUGCUUUCCUCUUGGAAGCCCAGAGAGCAGGAGCUGAUGUAGAAAAGAAAGGUGCCAAAAGGACAGAGUUCUGCUACCCUUCGUAUGUCCAGCACAUUAUGGGGGAUAUAUUUUCCCAGGGAUUCGGGCCUUUCCGCUGGGUAUGCACAUCUGGGGACCCUCAGGACCUGGCAGUCACCGAUCAACUAGCCACAUCUGUGCUGGAGGAAGCCAUUGCUGGUGGAGUGAACCCAGCUGUGAAGCUGCAGUAUGAGGACAACAUUCACUGGAUUCGGGAGGCUGCCAAGCACCAGCUGGUGGUGGGCUCCCAGGCACGGAUCCUAUACUCAGACCAAAAAGGCCGAGUGGCCAUGGCUGUGGCCUUUAACCAAGCCAUCGCUCAUGGGAAGAUCAAGGCACCAGUAGUCCUGAGCCGAGACCACCAUGAUGUGAGUGGCACAGACAGCCCCUUUAGGGAGACCUCCAACAUUUAUGAUGGCUCUGCCUUCUGUGCAGACAUGGCCGUGCAGAACUUUGUGGGUGAUGCCUUUCGAGGAGCCACCUGGGUUGCUCUUCACAAUGGUGGAGGCGUGGGCUGGGGUGAGGUGAUCAAUGGUGGGUUUGGUCUUGUGCUAGAUGGGACCCAGGAGGCUGAGAAGAAAGCCAAGAUGAUGCUCAGCUGGGAUGUCUCCAAUGGAGUGGCCCGCCGCUGUUGGUCUGGGAACCAGAAGGCCUACGAGAUUAUCUGUGAGACGAUGCAGGAGAACAAGGGCUUGGUGGUGACACUCCCAUAUGAGGUGGCAGAUGAGCAUGUGCUCCAGCAGGCCUUGUGGCCUUGAGCAGGAAUCCAAGAGUCUGGCAUGGUCCCUUGAUCCCCCCAGUCUCUGUCCUUACCUUCAUACCAUACCAUGCCUUCCAGUGCACAUCUCCCUCUCCUGGGUCAGCAGCUCCAUACCCAUGCCCUCAUUUGGCCUCAUUGAACCCUAGAAGGUGGGCUGUUGCAAUUCCCAUUCCACAGAUGAGUGAGCUGAGGCCCAGAGAGGUGGAGCCAUUUUUUCAUAAUCACAUUACCCUCCUGGGAACCUCAGAGAGCAGUGAAAAUCUUGUUUGGGGCUGUAUCCUCAAUCUUGCCAUGGUGUAGACUCUGGGAGCUUUGGGCUAGGCAUUGGUAGUGAAUACUGGCUGAGCUGGCCAUCAACCAAAUACCUUCUAAGCCUUUUGCCAUUUCUUCUCCUACCAAGGGGGCAGGCUUUCCAGACAGGCUUUUAUAUCACUCUGCCUUCUGUCCACCUUCCAGUCAUCCAUGCAACCCUCUUUCCAUCUGCUAGCCAGUUGAUUUGUCUGUACAGGUACCUUCUGUACCUCCAUGUUCCUGGCUCUAGGCACAAAGGAACAUUGACCAGGACCUGGGCUUGGAGGGGUACAGGAAGAAAGAUAGGAAAAUAAAGGACUGACUAGAGAGAUGUGGAAGGUGGCAUGGGCAGGGUGGAUGCAAUGUGGUGGGAUGGGGGCAGGGGAAGCUUUGAACUGAAGGGUAGUGACACUUUGUUGGGAAUAAAAGGAGAGAGCCGUGGUACUACCCAUGGACAAUCACUUAUAUAAAUCUGCUCAGGAGCCCAAGAAAUCUGGUUUGGGACCAGAUGUCCUAUAGGGAGCCACGUGGGACCUGAGGUUGGAUUCUUGCACACACUUACCCCUGCAAGAUCCUAGAGCCCAGCCUCAAUGAAGAUCACCCAGGCCAAGUGGAUUACAUGGCCAUGCUUUCCAGGCCUUUGUUUUGAAGCAGGUGCUUCUUUUUCUUAAGGGGUGUUGGUUGUUCUGCUUUAUUCUUC